AGAUCAGAUUAUUGUGAAUAUCAUUCUUUUGUUAAAAAAAUUUUUUUUCUUUUUGAAAAAGAAAAAAUAAAUCAUAUAAAAUGUCAGCAAGGGUAAUAGCGCAAAUUAUCGUUUUAGGAACGCAGAUUUUAGGCAAAGCCUUUGUUGAAGCGUAUAAACAAGCUGUAGCAAACGCAGCAGGCGGAGGAGCAGCUGGGUCAGCUGGACGAAUGGGAAAAGAUGCUUUAACAAGACAAACAGGAAUGUCAUUAGAAGAAGCAUAUAAAAUAUUAAAUCUCAAAAAAAAUAAUUUUGAUGCUUCAACUUUUUCAAAGAAUUUUGAGCAUUUAUUUAAAGUAAAUGAUACAUCAUCUGGUGGGUCAUUUUAUAUACAAUCAAAAGUAAUGAGAGCAAAAGAAAGAAUUGAUAUGGAAAUGGCAGAGGCUGCUAAGAAGAAUAAAAAUCCACAAAAUAAUAAUGAACAAUCAUCAUCAUCACAGUCUACAUUUAAUAGUUAAUAAUAGCAAUAGCAAUUUUUAAUAUAUUUAAUUAUAAUUAGAUUUAAUAUGCUUAAAAAACUCAAGAAAAAUAUUUUAAACAGCCACCAAUUAAUUAUAAAUUAUCAAAUGAUUUUAUAAAAUUAUAAUAUUUUUUUU